UCACACAUUCACGUGAAGGAAACCUCGCUGUUUCAUUCAAUACAGUUCAAGUGAUAAAACCGCCGCAACGCGUUGCAAAUACAAAGUUGUUUGUUACAUUAGUUCGUAUUGUGAAUUGUGUGUACCAUAAUUAAUCAUUGUGCUAGUUCAAGUGUAGUUGGUGUAUCGAAAUUUAUCAAACAGACGCUACCUACUUUUGAAGAGAACAGCAUUUCCGCCACCAUAACCUUAAUUUUCAACACGAGCACCACUCCAAGCUGUCGACGCAUAACCUAACACCGACACCAUGAGAAAGCGGUCCCUUUCGGUCGCAUACGACCGCCCUCAACAAUUGGACCGUUUAUCGAAAAAAUUUGAAGGAGUUCCUUCCGAACACGAGAAUGAAAGUGAAACGGAAGAAGAAAACGAUGAGGUUAAGGAAAAUGUCGAUUCCGAUUGGACGAAAACCGAUUACAAAGCGCUGAUGGAUCAACUUCGAUCGGUUGUGCCGAAAAAGGACACCAAACAAUGGAAAGGAACACUUAAAAAAAUCGAUUGGGCACAUGUGGCAUUUGAAGGCCGUACCCCUGAUGAGGUAAAGGCAGUUACAGAAGAAUUAAUGCGUAAAAUUCGAAAAUAUCGCACCUUAAGCGAGAUGAUCGACGAUAUACCCUUGCACGCAAACAAAAACUGCGAAAUGAGAAAACCGAAAAAUCCUCCUUCAGCAUACAAUUUCUUCGUUAAGGAGAAAUAUACAAAAUUUAAAAAUAAAAACCCUGAUUUGUCAAGCCAAGCAAUUUUUAAAUUGGUCUUACAAGGGUACGGCAAUUUGUCAGAGAAAAAGAAACGAAAGUACGAGGCAAUGGCCGCAGAGGCUAGGGAAGUUUACAAACAGCAGUUGGAGCAAUACUACUUGGACAACCCAGAAGCAGUAAGAACAAAAUCGAAUUCAAAAUCAAGAAAUCCAAAGACACCGUUCGGGUUUUUCCAAAAACAUAAGCGAAUGGAAAACCCAGGUUUAACUUCAGGAGAAUUACGCUCACAGUGGCAUAGUCUGGAAGUAAAGCAGAAAUUGAAAUACAUUCAACAAGCAUUUAAGUCCCAACCCCCAGACACAGCAAAACCGCUCAAGCUAACAAAAAAUGAGCAGUGUUUGUUGGAACAAGCACAGGGCAAACCAGCACCGAUCCCUCGGUCAACGAGUGAAUAUUAUUUGCAACAUUAUACCGAUAAAAAUGCGAGUUCGGGUUCGAUGUCCACAUGGCGCAAGGAAAAGUUAAUCGAUUUCAAAAAACUGCCAAAGGUACGAAAGUUAGAGCUGGAGAUAGAGUACCGUAAUGCAAAACUAGAGUACGUUAACAAGUAUGAGAACUACAUUGCGAAUAUAACCGAUCAAAAGGCACAACAAGCAGAAAUCGAUCUGUUAAAAUCCUUCAUCGAGAAAAAAAUGGAUAAAGAAGACCGAAUACAGUUGCCGGACGAUAAUCGUCCAUUUAGUUCAUUGGUACAAAUGACAUUGCUUGAAAAUGAAUUGGAUGUACUGCCUAUUGCCGAGUCGACAAUUUUACCGAAAAACAAGAAAAAGCCCAAGAAUGCCACACCGCAGAACGGUUCCAUCAGCGCAGGCAACCCAAAACAAAAGCCUCUUAAAUCUAUUCUGAAAAGUCCUACCAAGACGUCUACGGUUGCGAAAAACGAUAAACAUACAUUUGUUGAACCAGCUGUUCCUUCGAAGAGUAAAAGGAAACAUUCAUUAAACGAAAAUGACUCUGACAGUAGCUUCGAAAAGAAGAGCAAACGUUCAAUAGUUCCGGUACCGAUCAUUGAGCCUGAUAUGAAGACAAACAUUUCUAAAGGAAAUGGUACUAUUAAUGCUACUGCUGCGGUAAAGCUAAAAGAACCUGUGCGUCCGCCCAACAACAUUCUUGAAUAUUACAAACAAAACUACUACCUUGGAAAGGCAGAAAAUUGCACAGAAUCGUACAAAAAAUUGUCCACAAACCGCAAAGAAAAUCUGAGAGAGGAAAUGCGUGCGGCGCAAAAAAAAUACUUUAAAGAAUUGCAAAAAUACCUCAAAACCGUAGACCCACAACAUAUUAAAGGCUAUCUCAAAAAACUGAAGCAAGCCCAGAUUGAUUUUAACAUCAGAGAGGAAACGGUUUACGAAUCUGAUUCGGUUGAGAAUUCGGAACGAAUGACUAAAAAAACUCCUAAGCAGGAACCUCAAUCGAGUAGUGGCGAAAGCAGCGAGGAGAGCAGCGAAGAUGAAAACAAUCAGAACGGUCAAAACAAUAGUACAGAUGAUAACGCAACCAGCGACGAUGAAUGAGGAACUGCACUCGAUCGUUAAUGCAGUUCUGCGGUACAGAUGGUUUGGUUCGUUUUUUUUACGCGGGUUUCUCUAUCAUUUUGUAGUUUGCACACCGAGUUAUGAUAGAGCACUGGGUUAGCAAUGUUUUGCUAUGUGUAGUUUUCUUAAGCUUAAGCAUUUUUUCUUUCUAGAUACUGUUAUAGGCUGUUAAGGUAAGCAGAACCGCGCAGUGUGUACGUGUAAAAUGUCGUAUUUCUGAUUGCCAUUUCUGAAAGUUCUAUUAAAACAUUGGACUACCGUAGCAAUUUAUUACAACAUAACUAUAGUUAUGCUUUCUAUUCUGAAAUAGUGCACGAGAACGAAUCAUGCGUGUAGUGUGAAUUUUAAAAUAUGUAAAUGAGUACAGAUGAAAAUUACCGUGUUAAUUUACUUUGAUUACAACUUCGAUUUGAAUAAAGUUGAAAAUUACCGUAA